AAGCGCCGGUUACGAGCAGCCAAAGCCUGUCAGCGAUGCAAUCAGCGGAAAAUUAAAUGCGAUGCGACGUUAGUUGGCUUCCCCUGCAGCCGCUGCCGAAUGGACGGUGUUCCAAAUUGCGUUUUGGUCUCUUCAAAAAGGGGUACAUACGAUCGCAAAGCAGCUCGGAUACAACAGAGGGUCCCCCCUGCCUCGUCGAACCAAUCUCCGCGCCAGCCAUCGAGUGAGCAAAGUGCGGCGAUGUCGAACCGUCGUGCUUCAUAUGUUGAGCGAGCGGGCAUGCCGCCCCCCGCAACUGUGAGGCCUUCGCCCUGUGCCGUGAGCUCCAAAUCUCUCUCAUCCAUGUUUGAAGAUCAUGUUGGCCGAAAGAGCCCAGAUACCGUCGGCCAAUGUGAGUUGGUUCUCUUUGGGGAACCCUCUCCUUUGACCUUUGCUCUACAGCUGCGAAGAGGACAGGGCCAAGUGCUACACGAUAUCAGCCAGCACAAUCUUAAUAGCAACUCAUUGACGGUAAUUCAAGAUGAUAUACACCCACCUCACUUGGACCCAUGUGAUAUAGAGUAUCUCAAAGCCAAAGGGGCUUUCAUGUACCCUUCAGAGGGAGCGUUUGACUCUAUGAUGGAUGUUUUUCUGAAUCGCUUCUAUCUUUUGUAUGCUGUGGUCGAUCCAGUAGAUCUUCGCCGAGCCUACCGGGCUCGCAAGCUCCCAUGGAUCCUUUUGCAUGCUAUCUGCUUUGUUGCCAUGACGUUCUGCGACACUUCGUUGAUCUUCAUUGCUGGAUUCAAAUCGCGGUCAGAGGCACGCCAUCAUUACUAUAGCAAAGCAAAGGCUCUCUUUGACGUUAGCUACGAAAAGAGCAAAGCGGUUCUGCUCAAGGUGUGCAUCCUUCUAAGCUUUGAGGGGCCACGAUUGAACUGCUACUGGAACCCCUGCUCAUGGAUCGAGAUUGGUGUCACUAUGGCCGUGUCGCUGGGACUGCAUAGAGCAGAGGUGGCAGCCAGCGGGCCUCCCAAUGAUCGUAGCCUUCUGAAAAGGCUCUGGUGGGCCCUAGCUGUUCGUGAUGCUCAUUGUUCUGCCCUGUUAGGCCGUCCUUUUCGAAUAAACAUCGCUCAGUGCGAUACCGACGUGUUGGCUCUGGGAGACUUCCCUCACAAUCAUGAACCGGUCGACAGUUGCUCUUGCAAAGCCGCCUUCAUGUAUCAGAUUCAAUCGUGCAAAUUAUCUCUCAUCUUACGAAAUAUCAUUCAUUUUCGUUUUGGUCCAGUUUCCGACUCGAUAACCCUUGACCAUAUUCAGCAGCAGCUCGCUGUUUGGAAGUCAGAUCUCCCGAUCGAAAUUGGCUGGCCAAUCAGCAUGAACUCUAAUGUCAUUCAGUCUACACAGUUAGAGACCUUAUACAACUAUCUUCUAGUUCUUUUACACAUGAACCCUGCUGGUCAAUUCCAGGCCAGUCAACGCCGACCAUCCGUUUGCGAUACGAGCUCGAACCAAAUAGCAAAGUCUUCUGCUCUAACAAUAUCGUCAUUAUCAGUCAAACUUAUGACGAAGGCUACUUUAUCAUUCCUCCCACACGAGAUAUUCUCCGGUUUCUUCGUUGCUGGAGUAAUCCUCUGUCGACAGGCGCAGCAAUCUGAAACCGACAAUUUUGCAAUAAUGACUAGAGCAUGUUUCGACAACUGCCAGAUGGUAUUGAACGAAGCGCAGGACUUCUGGGAUCCUGGAAAAUGGGCAAUGAGGCUGUUUGACUUUCUAUUGUCAUCUGGAGAUUCAAAU